GACCGUCGACGCACCAAUUAACCAGUUCUUCGUUGUUUUUCGACGGAAUUCGCAUCGCGUUUAAUAAAACGUUUCAAUUAUCCGAGGCUACCGAAAAAAUUCCUACUCAAUUCCAUCAUUCCACAACAAAAUAAUUAGACUAAUUACUUAAUUCAUCAACCAAGUGGUCAGUUCGAUAAAUAAAAAAAAAUGUAAUGUCAUAACAAUGACUGAUAAAAAAACCAUCAGUCUAUUGAUUUUGUAAUUAAUUAAGAAAUAACCUGGAGUUAUCUGUGAACUAGUAUUAUCUCGAAAUUUCUAGAAUGGGGGAAAUGUCACAAUUCGUAAUUACACUUGUGAUUAUUAUGAUUGUAACAGCUGUGGAUGCAAUUAAAUUCUCGGAAAGUCAUCGGAUGACAAGUCAUGGUCCAGUAGAUCCGAGGAUCAUCUCAAGGAGUCGUCGGAGUCUCUCAGAUAAAUCGGUAGUCAUUUCCCUGGGGAACUGGACCCUGAAAAAUCAAUUAGACACAUCAUUAAUUAUUCCAAACCACGCGGAGAUCAAUUACGUCACCUCGACGGUGACGGUGUCAUCAAAAAUUUCGGGUGUCAGUUGUGAGAAUUAUCGGGGUAGCGUUGAGGGGAUAAAAAAAUCAUUCGCGAUCCUGACGAUUUGUGGUGAUGAUUUUUACGUAGUUUUUAGCGUUGACGAUCGAAAUUUUGUUGUGGAGCCGCGGAUAAAUGGACGUCAUCUUCUCGGUGAGAUUGAGGGUAGAAGGGGGAGGCGGGAGGCGGGAGAUUUUUGGAAUUUGAAGGGAGAUACUUUCGAGAUAAAUGAUAAGGGAGAGGCUGAGGACAUACGCGACGGCGAGGGAGAGAAUUUUUUUUCCGCUCGCACCUGGACAAGAACCAACGGCACGAGUCGAGGUAAUGGAGCUUCAAUUCGAGAAUUAUCCCAGCGAUGGUUGGAGCUGGGUAUCGCUGUUGAUUAUUCAGUGGUGGAGUUUCACGGGGACAGGGUGGAGCAGUAUGUGCUUGCACUACUCAACAUCGUGGGGGCGAUUUACAGAGAUCCGUCACUGGGGGCUAAUCUGUCAUUGGUGGUCGUCAAGAUUUUCUUUUACGAGGACAAAAAAGAUGGAGUGGUACAUCGGGGGAAUGCGAGGACAUCCUUGGAGAACGUCAACAGGUGGAAUCGAAAGGUGUUAUCAUCCCUGAAGACCGAGGGUCACGAUGUCGCUGUCUGGCUUACUCGAUUGGAUAUCGGUGGUCCAUCCGGUUAUGCCCCAGUUUCAGGUGCUUGUGAUCCAGCUAGAUCCUGCGCCCUGAAUCGCGACGAGGGUCUCACCAGCGCCUUCAUCAUCGCCCACGAAAUCGCCCACAUUUUGGGCUUGACCCACGAUGGAGAUGAGUCCGCGGAUAAUUUCUGCGGGAAUGAGGCACAUGUUGGCAGUGUCAUGGCACCCAUGGUUGCAGCGACUUUCCACCGGUUCCACUGGUCCUCGUGUUCCAGGAGAGAGUUCAUUCACAGGGCUAAAGAAUGGAAAUGUUUGAAUAAUCCUCCGAGCAUUGGAAAUUUAACUCAGCUGAAAUCAACUUCUCAUGAGACAUUUACGAUGGACGAACAGUGUCGAAUGGAAUUUGGGAAUGGAUUUCAUCUCUGCAAUAGUCCCGAGUUGCAAAAUCUCUGUUCUCACCUGUGGUGUGCCCACAGGUCGAGUGAGAAAUUCUGCAAAACGAAGAAAGGGCCUCCCCUGGAGGGCACCUCCUGCGGAAAAAAUAAAUGGUGCAUAAGUGGCUUUUGCGAGGAGAUCGAUCGUACCGAGUUUACCCUGGAGCAAGUGAAGAGUAAACCGAGAGACGGUGGCUGGAGCACGUGGACUCCCUGGGGAAAAUGUUCCAGAACCUGUGGAGUUGGUGUUAGACUUCGUUAUCGCCUGUGCAACUAUCCAACACUUGCGUUUGGGGGCAACGACUGCACCGGAGAUAAACAGGAAUUCAAGAUCUGCGAGCAAUCAGACUGUCCAAUCGGCAGUGAUAUCAGAAAGGAACAAUGCUCGAGGCUUUUGAGCUUUGAGAGGAGUCCAGCCAGACGCAGGAUUACAGACAGGAUUUCUCUACUAUCCAGCGAGGAUGAUGACACUGAAAAAUGUAUGUUGACCUGUCGGAGUGAUCAGACCAAUCGGAUUUAUCAGUCCGAUGAUUUUUUUAUCGAUGGAACUCCGUGUGCCUAUGGUUCCACCGAUAUCUGCAUUCAGUUACAGGGAGAGUGUCGUAAAAUGAGCUGCGAUAAUAUCCUCAAUUCUCCGGGAGCAUUCGAUGCCUGUGGAGUUUGCAGGGGUGACAAUUCCACCUGUAUCAGAAUCAGUAACAAGUUUCACCGCAAGAUUCGAAGAGUUACAACUCGAGCUGCAGUCCUUCCAAAAAAUGCCCACGAUAUAAAUGUGCAAGUUGGAUUGAAUAUUUCGGGGAAAGUGAAUGAAACUUUCAAAAUUGUCAUUCGAGAUAGGAACAGACGAAAGCACGAGGUGCUUUUCGAUUCUCUGAUUGUCGAAGGGACUUUAUUCCGAAUUCAGAAGUAUCAAAAUAAUUUUACAAUCACCGGAAAGGGGUCGACACAGGCAGAAGUCAUCAUUUCGAUAGUUGUACCCGAGACUGUGGUGAGAGGGUCAUCCAUUUCAGUUACCCUGAAAUAUUUGACUGACGGUGAGGAUAAGGGGAGGAUCGAUAAAUAUUCAUGGGUUCCUGGAGGCUGGAGUCCUUGCUCGGUCAGUUGUGGUGGUGGUGUACGUCAGAAGAUCACUGCCUGCAGGAAUGAUGAGAACGGGAGAAUUGUUCAUAAAACGAGGUGCCAGUCCAUUACCAAACCACUGGGUGAAGCUGAGAGGUGCAAUGUAUUCAGCUGCGAGUUCAAGUGGAUCAUCGGUCCCUGGGAGAGAUGUACUCACAGCUGUGGAGCCCUAGGUGUCCAGCAGAGACAACUCUACUGCGUUCACUCAUCCUUUCCCUUCGAAACCCUCACCAAGGACAACCAAAUUCGACUUUCCAAGUCCCUCCUAUCCCCGAGUCUCUGCAAAGAUCAUCUCCAGCCUGAGACUCACCAGGACUGCAACAGGAUCCCCUGCAGGGAGUCCUGGGUCAUCUAUUAACUUUAUUUGUAUCAAUUGUAAAAGGAAAAACCAAAAGAUUUUCUUUCUUUAAUAGAAUUUUUAACGAAAAACAAAA